AUGGACGAUGGUGAAUACUACCAACCGGAACCUGACCCAGAGUGCAGGGCAGAAUUUAUGCAAAUGGAUGAGAUGAAAGUACAGCAACAUCAUGUAGAAAUCCUGCAAGAAGAAGUGGAAGAAUUGGCGAUGCGAGGAAAACGAUUAAGAAGUGCAGCUGUCGGUGCAGGAAUAUGUCAAUCAGUUGCCGUGCUAUGCUCGUCCUAUUUGGUCUUUGCUAUUCGAUGGAUGUUAUUGGACUGGGAUAUGAUCGAUAAAACAAUUUACAACAUUCAAUCGAACUGGAUAUUUUGGAACGUUGGUGUCUUGGCUGAAAUUGUGGGCUGUGUCUCCAAUACUUUGGUAGGGGUCCUUGUGGGAAUGAUCAUGAUUGGAGCUGGAGUCAACCCUGCAUCAUGUUCGCUGAUUAUUCUGUUCAAGCUUAUGGAACAAGUCAUUGUUGCGAUUGCUAUCAUUGCCAUGAUCAUGGUGGGUAUUUUUGUUUACGAGGACAAUGCGAUGAGCACCACCAUCAAGUACUACUUUUACUCGGAUUCCUUUCCCCAGAUUGGAAUGCAAAUAUCCUUUUUCCUCUUGUUAUUGAACAAGUAUGGGAUUAUCUUUUCUCAUGUAUUCGCCGGUUUGCACUACUCCUUCCUCGGUUUCAUUGUGCACAAAUUUGGUGUCUUUCCUCACAAAUUGGGCAAAGCAAUGCUAUUGGCAGGACCCUGCUACAUUAUCAAUGCCGGUUUGAAUCUUUUGAUAUCCAGAUAUAAUGACCAACUACACGUUUUCUUUGCCCUACCAGGAAUUCUGGUACAAUUCUGGUUGGCAUCUUGGCUGCUUAUCAACACACCAAGCCCUUCGAAGAAUCGCGAGACCGUCAUGAAGGGAUUUAACAAUAUGUAA